AGUCCAUGACGUUUUUGCCUAUGAAUUCUAGUCACCGUCGGAAUCAGUUAACGCAUGAGCAUGUCUUCAGGCGCCUAUAUAAGAUUGGCCUCAUACCUCAUAUUCCAUCACAAGUUCACAGCACGCUCAACUUAUUUGCACACAACACACACAGAUUGAAACUGGUUGCUACCCGAUAGUACCAACCCAAUGGCAUCCCAAAUUCAGAGCUACCGCGCCGGCGCUGAGGUGGUCAGUGGAGAUGCCAUAUGCAGGAAGAAGUCCAUCGAGCUGCUGGAAGAGCUCGGCCUCCCAAAGGGCCUCCUGCCACUCGAGGGCAUCAAGGAGUUCGGGUACAACCGCUCCACGGGGUUCAUGUGGUUGGUGCAGGAGAAGAAGGUCGAGCACACCUUCAAGAAGAUCAAACAGACUGUAUCCUAUGCCACCGAGGUGACGGCGUUCGUCGAGAAGGGGAAGCUGAAGAAGAUUACUGGUGUCAAGACCAAAGAACUGAUGCUCUGGCUUAGUGUCGUCGAGGUCUAUAUUGCCGAGCCCUCGCUGGAGAAGGUCACCUUCAAGACCGGCACGGGCCUAUCCGACAGCUUCGAUGCCACUGCGUUUGCUCUCGGGGAGUAAGGAGUCACCGGACCAGAUAGAAAUAUAAUGCCAAGCACAUAACCGUACUAUGUUAAACGCUGCUACAUUAAUGUACGAGGCUUUCUCUUUCCUUUGUAAAAUUUUGUUCUUCCGUAAUUACCUGUUUGCAUCCGUUCAUUGGAGUGUCUGGUGUCGGUUCUUGAUUUACUUCAAAAUCAAGGUGUUAUUAUUAAUGAGGAAAAGUAGAAAGACAAAUUGUCCUUACGUAAUUGCGCUGCUAGUCACACUUUCUAUUGCUUGA